CAGUGGCACGCCCGCUGCACGCAGCAGCUGCUCUGUCUCCCGCUCAGCGAUAGUACAGCCAGUGCCACCUACUCCUUGCUGCGGAGGAGUCUUACAGGCUGCCCGCUUGCUGGCUGUAGCCCAAAGCAUACGCGUGAGGCUGCUCAUCAUCAUCCAGGGUCCUCGCCGCGGCCUCUCUCAGCUCCAUGACGAUGCUGCUGCUGCUGCGAAAGCCUUGUCGGAUUGCCGUGGCGACGGUGAUCCUUCUCGCGCCAGAAACAGGCGCCUUCUAUGCGGUGACACCACCAACCGCCACCACCACCAACAGCGCGACCUCGGUGCUCUCAAGACCAUCAGCGGCAACCCAGCGCAGGCAUCCUAUUUGCAGCACCUGCCGCCGGCGCUCGUUGGCUCCACUGCGCUUGGCGGCAUCAUCGGAUGCUGCUGCUGCUGCUGGGGGUGAUGAUAAUCUACGAGGCAAGGUUGCAGUCGUGACGGGGUCAUCCAGAGGCAUCGGGAAGGGGAUAGCGGUGACACUCGGACAGCGUGGGUGCACGGUCUACGUUACAGGCCGAUCUGUUGGGGGCAAUACAACGGACAAGGCAAGAGGAAGCUUGGAGGAGACCGCUGCCGAAAUCGAGGCCGCCGGCGGAAAAGGGAUUCCUGUUGCAUGUGACCACGCUAAAGACGAACAGGUGAAAGCGUUGUUCGAGAGGGUGGAGUCGGAGCAAGGCAGGCUGGACAUUCUCGUGAACAACGCCUUCGCGUUAGGCCCGGGAGAUCAACUCCAGGCCAAGUUCUGGACGCAGGGGGCGGACGCGUGGGACUCUCUGAUAACGGUUGGUCUUAGGAGCCACUACAUGGCCUCGUGCUUCGCGGCGCCCCUCAUGAUCAAGUCGGUGAAGGAUCGGGACGGAAAGCCGGGCUUGAUCGCCUGCGUGAGCUCCUUCGGCGGCCUGACCUACUCGUUCAACGUGGCCUACGGCGUGGGGAAGGCUGGGGUUGACCGUCUGGCGAAGGACAUGGCGAUAGAGCUGGAAGAGGAGAAGGUGGCCGUGGUAUCCGUGUACCCUGGGAUCGUCAAAACUGAGAAGAUGAAGAGCUUGAUGACGAAGAACCCUGCAGAAUUCGAGGCGAAUACGGGAAUCGCGUUGAGCUCUCCGAUGGAGACACCUCUCUUCACGGGCCGGGCGGUGGCGGCGCUCGCGGCAGACCCCGAGAUCCUAAAGAAGACUGGCAAGGUGCAAGUCGUGGCCGAGCUAGCCAAGCAGUACGGCUUCACGGACGUUGGAGGAGACACGCCGCCCUCUAUCCGAUCUCUCCGUUUCCUGCUCCCUACCUACCUCUUCCCCAAGAUUUUGCCGGAGAGUACGAAAAUCGACACCAGUUUCGUGCCUGACUGGCUGCUUCCGAUGUUCAUCAUGGCCAACGGCAAGCCUCCGUCUUGAUGAUAUUUUCUCCUUAUCUGGGCUAUGCCCGCGAGAGUUCGAAUCUCUUCCUUGACGCAAAUGUCAAAAGAGGGUAUAUCUUCUUCGACGGACGUUGAGAGAUUGUACUCCUACGAAGAGAUCUCCACUUUUUUUUUUUUUGUAAAUCUCUGCUGGGUUUUACCACUUUUACUAGAGGUGUCGUCGGCCACACCGACGGACUCCUGCACGCACACUGGUGGCGUGCAGUUGCACGUGUAGAAAAAAACAGGCCCGAUAUUUUGUAAGAAACGCGGCUGAACCCGUGUACCAAUAGGAGAGUUUGGCUCGUUCGUGAAGCCUUCACCGAAAAUCGCACUUCGACUUGUGGGUCUAGAGUUGGCUUGGUGAACACAUGACAAUGUAGGGAAACAGCUCAAUCAAGGUGCCCACAAGGUUUUAGAGAUGUUUGUCGCGUCGUGAAAGCUUCGCCAGAUUCUCCUACUUGCCAGGCAAAAAAACCAGGGACAAGUAGAAGAUGUAACUCGUUAUCAUGUGGCCUUGGACGGGGGAGAGCGGAGGAACUUCCAAAGAAGUACUGCUGUAGAGGGGUGAUUUGAGAAAAUCCAAUGUAUUGAGAAUAUCAUUUAGAGCUUUGAUAAAGGACAGGUGCAGCAGUGGUAGAUAUAUCGCGUAGUAUUACAUCGUAAGAGCACAACAGAGUGAUGUGUAGUGGAUGGCAGCGGCAAUGGAAAUAGAGAUAACAGCCCGUGCGACUCG